CCUCGGCUGUCCGGUUUGAUGCCAACUUUUCUCAGCUUGAUCCGUUCCUCCUGUACAGCCGCCGUCGAGAAUGCAAGGAUUGCGAAGCUUGGAGCUGAACUUCUCGCUUCGUGCAAGCAUGCCAUCAUCGAUUUGAACGUGAAACCCAGUAUAACUGAGUACACGGAUAGAAUCUGCUGGGGUAUACACGUGGCAUACGCCCUUGCCGAAGACGACGCCCAACUGCCCACAGCUGCAUUUCAGGAGAAGACGUACAAGUACGCCAUGGCGAUUCUCGACACGUGGGAUUCCCUCCACCCCGGCUUCCUCGAUUCCUACGGGGUGAAUAAGACCAAGUUUCAGACGCAUUUGAGAAAAUGUGCUCUCCACCUGAUACCACGAAGAAAGAACCACGCGAUCGGAGUCGUUCACAUCGCAAAGAAAUUUAUUGGAUGAAAGAAUAAAC